CAGUUAAAUCAAGUAACGAGACUUUAUUUUUGCGUUGAAUCAUAAAGAGACUUUAUUUUUGCGAAAAUUUUUUUUUAAAUAAGACAUCAACAAGAGAUUCCAAAUGGGUUAUCUAUCAACGAAGAAUAAGGUUGGGAUGAUAAUAUUGCAUCUACUUCAGACUGCGUAUAUAUGUGUUAUUUCAUGGCGGAUGAAAGUAAACCUUGACAAGUUUAAAGAUGAUUGGACCGAAAGUGAAAAGUAUGGACUUAGUAUCUCCCUUCCAAUACUUCACGGUGCUGGUACAACUAUAUGGGGCUGGUACGCAUUAUGGGGAAAAUCAAAACACUAUCCAACGAGCGAUCGAUUUCACGCACCAGUACUACUGUUGACAACAUUUGGAGCUGUUCUUUAUGGCCCACUGCUCCAUCAUGUUUACCGAUAUGAAGUUGAAAGGUUGGACAAAGUGAGCAGCACUCGGAAUUUUACUUCUUGUUUGGAUUUGAAAGUCAAUAAGUUGGAUUUUGGUGUUAUUCAAGCAGGAAUGAUCUUGGUAUGUUUUACGCUAGCAUUAUAUCCGUUAUGCAAGCCAGAAAAAACAAAAGAUCAGACGCGGUGUUUCUUGAGUAUGACGGCUACUGAAUUUUUUGAGAAAUUGAUGAAGUGUGUGAAUGCAAUGGAUAUGAUAGAAUUGGUAGAAGAUUUAGGCUGUAUCCAACGGUCUGAUGGGAUGUGGGUGGUUUUAUUUUACUUGGCAUUGCUAAUUUCCACAUUGCUCCUUGCAUUUCCUGAAGCCCUGAACAUUGACAAAGACACUGAAAACAAAUGGUGGGAAUGGUUGAAGGUGUUCACCACUUUUUUAACGUGGGUAUUCACUGACAUUUGCUUUGUUGCGAUUCGACUGCACGUGAUGGUAAAAGAAGACAACAUACAAACUGGAUUCAGUUUUGUCGUAAAGAAUCUUCUUUUUGUGGUCAUUCAUUUUCUGUUGCUGCUGUAUCAAAUUUGUCAAAUCUGUUCAAUCAAAAGCAAACGAAAUCAAUCUUGGGAAGAAAAGCUUGCGAAACUUUAAAAGAAUAGAACGGAUUUUAUUUAUGAAUUAUGUGUUGAUUGGUUAGAAGAAAAUAAAAAUCAUGCUAAAUUUUUAUCUCCUGAAAGUUUUUUUUUUCGUCUUUUCUUUGAUAUUUUAAUGCAGAUGUGAAAUGCAAAGCUUUUCUCAGUGCUUGUCCUUAAUGUUAACUGAGAGGCUCAAAAUAAAAGGGAAUGAACUAAUUUAGGAAUCAUACAAGGCUCAAAUGUAGAACUCCUAUAUAUCAAAUGAUCUUCACAAGGUCAAAAUAUGAUUCUUAUAAAUAUUUAGUGUGUACGGGUCUUUACUUUUAUUUACUGCACAUGACAGUUAUCCUGGUACAGACAAUGUAUAACGAUUUAGAAUAACGUAAUUUUUUUGUUUAAAUUUAGAAUAGAAUUAAUAAUCUCA